AUGGUUGUGCACUCCAAGAACGAGGCCUUGAUUUGUAAGGCAUUCCCAUCCAGCUUGGGGCCUGUGGCAGUGAGGUGGUUUGAUGAUCUGGGUGCAGAUUCCAUUGAUUCAUUCAAGGAACUUACUCAAGCAUUUGGAUCCCGCUUUAUUACGUGCAGUAGGGCUCCUCGACCCUUAAAUUCCUUGUUGUUCCUAUCCAUGAGAGAAGGGGAGACCCUAAAAACAUAUUCGGACAGAUACUGGGAAAUGUUCAUUGAGAUAGAUGGUGACUUUGAUGACAUGGCCAUCAGGAUUUUCAAGGUUGGCCUACCUACCGAGCAUGACUUAAGGAAGUCUUUGACUAGGAAACCUGUUACUAGUGUAUGCCAGCUCAUGGAUCAAAUUGAUAAAUAUAAGAGGGUUAACGAGGACCAAUUGCAAGGCAAGGGAAAGGGUAAGGUUAUCCCUUAA